AUGGAUAGUUUUCCAGCUCUACUGACAACUGACAGCUCUUGAAUCGUUUUGUCAACAUGCUGCUGGUAGCGUUUUUGCGAUUUCGGACAACGUGAAUUUCAUUGGUAAAUUUUUAGUAACUUUGUAGGGAUUAUGUGAUAACGGUAUAAAAUGAGUGUUUAUCACGAUGAAGUCGAAAUCGAAGACAUGGAAUAUGAUGAGGAAGAGGAGGUUUAUUAUUAUCCAUGUCCGUGCGGAGAUCGAUUUCAAAUAACCAAGGAAGAACUAAUGGAGGGAGAGGAAGUAGCUACAUGCCCGAGUUGUUCUCUCAUCAUUAAAGUCAUCUAUGAUGCUAGCAUGUUUAAAGCAGAGGAAGAUGAAGAAACUGUGCUUAAUGAUAAAAUGAAGGAUAUGAAAUUGGAGAAAAACUGAAGGGGAUGUCCUAUGCUAUGUAAUAAGUAUCCAGUAAUUACAAUACGUUUCUUUUGUAAAAAGAAAGCUGUAUAUAUUUCUUUUAUAAUAUAUAUGUAUAUAUUUUUAAUAUUUGUUGACUAGAAUACACAUUUAUGUUUUCAAUUUUCUUA